AUGCUUCAUCCGGCUUCUUCCAUUAGUAUUCACGGCAAGGUAUUCAAAAAGGAAAGUGGCUACAAGCCAUGGUUACUAGAAUCGAAAAUUGAUGCCUGCCGCUUUCUGAAGAGAAGUUAUGAUCCUUUCGCCAAAAUCGUAUAUGGAUUGUUUAAGGAUUUUACUAAUAUGAACCACACCUGUCCGUAUGUGGGUCUGCAGUAUGUACGGGGCAGUAUGCAGUAUGUCUAUUUGAGGCCUGAACUUUUGAAGCUUCCUUUUCCAAGUGGGGAUUACAUGCUGGGGAUGAGAUGGUAUUUCCAUAAAAAUCUCAUUUUUGACACAAACGACGCCUUUGUCUUCAAAUUCACAAACUUUAAUUGCAAGAGCUACAACGAAUCUUGGUUUGUUUUCCACGAAUGCCGCCUGAAGGCCGUGAGCCGAGACAGAAUUGUGUUCAACAUGAAUGGCUCUAUUCUGCAUCCGGCCUACCGUAUUAAAAUGCAUUAUCAGGUUUUAAAGAAAGAAAAUGGAUACAAGCCCUGGCUAAUAAACGGAGCCCUCGAUGCAUGCCGGUUUAUUCGCAACAAAUACGACCCAUUUGGACGAGUUGUUUAUGGGCUUUUUCAAGAGUUUUCAAAUAUAAACCACACCUGUCCGUACAUGGGACCACAAAUUCUAAAGAAUUUUUAUCUACGAUAUGACAAACUUAUGCUCCCGUUUCCAACAGGGGAUUACCUCUUGGCCCUACGAUGGCACUUUGAUGAGAAACUACAAUUCGAUACAAACGCAAGUGUGGCAAUUGUGGAAGAUUUAUUUCAAAAGAAGUCGUAAAGCUUUAUGUUUCUGUUUCAUUGUUAUUAUUUUAUAAAUAUCCUGAAGCCUGAAGAAUAGAAGUAUAAAUAAAUAGUUUUCAGGUUGAACUUGAUAGAAAAUUAAAAUU